AUGUCCUCGCACUGCGUUUGGAUUUCUUUAUUGCUCCUCUCGGUGAUGACAGGUGACACUGGAGUAUGCGCUCGCGCGGUACAGACGCGUGGAUUCGUGUCGCCGCGGCCUCAGAGAACAACCGCGUUUCAGACAACAUCGCGCGCGGAGUGGAUGAGGCGGCGGAGGCGCGCGGCGGAGGAGACGCACCGCGCGGAGCGCUGCGCGGAGCUGGCGGCGCCGUGGAUGGAAAACACGCAACAGGCGCCUGAGGAUAACGCGACCGUGUUGCAACUCCGCGGUCGGCCUUUCUCCGCGGGAUCGUCUCGGGGUCUCGUGUUCCCCGGGAAAUCUCUCUUCAACUUAAUCCGGCGGGUUUACCAGUGCUGUCAGGAGGGACUGACCUGCAGGCGCGUCAAGGGGAUUCAAGGUCGCAUGAAAGGAGACAGAGAUGUGGAGUUCCUCCUGACGAAGGAGAUUUUGUCACUGAAAGUUAUGAGAGCUGAGCUCCACCUUCACAUCUCUAACCCGCAUCACCUGGACGUCCACCCCGUGCUUCCAUCCAUGGCAAAGCGCAACCUUCCCACCAGGUACAGUUUGUGGUCGCGGAGCAGCAGCGUGGAGCUCAGAGUGGACUUGCUGUUCCUCCUCCAGAGUCUGCAGGAGGUGGCAGGUGGUGCCAGAGGGGGUCCCAGCUUGGUGAACAUGCGGGGAAUGGCGUUAUCCUCCGGGGGGGGGAGAAACCCUGCUCCUCUGCAGGACGCCGGUGGCCACGCGUGGGGGGAUGGGUUCGCCGGCGAACUGCCUGCCCUGGAGUUAGGCCUGGUCCUGGGCUGCAGCCGGGGCGGAGCGACGGUGUCGUGUGGAAGUGGAGACGUCCACGUCUCGCACACGCCGUUCAUGGCUCUGUACUACAGAUGAAGUAGUACUGGAAAGACUUAAACAGGAAAUCAUGCACUUCAACGUCAAAUCUAUUAAUUUAUAAAUGUCAUGUUUUUGUAAUAUAGAAUAUAUUAAUAAUAAUAAUUUGUAAAUAGUUAAAACGAUUUACUGUGAGUUUAUGGAAAGUCUUUCUUCAGUCAUUAAAACUCUGUCUAACUUUG